AGCCCUCUAAUAUUCCCGUUGCAGCUCCGGAGGAAUUGGAAAUUGUGGGACCUCGGUCACAUGCGACUCAAGUUGCCCGGUAAUAGAAAGGCGCACGAAUUCAAAUAAAGAUAUUUUCCCAGUCUUACUCGACACUUGACUGGUGUGUGCUAAGAGAGGUUGAAUGCGAGAAGCUACGCGGCUCUUUCCGCUCUUGCUGCUGCUGCUGCACUGGCAAUGAUCAAGGAGAGGAAUGUUGGUGUUAUUUACUUAUGUACUUCUGUGAGCAACUUCCCAGCCUCAAAAAUGAUAAAAUUGAUUGCUGUAGGUGCCUAGUUAUUUGUUUUCUGUACACAAUUGCCCUUUGGGUUUCCUCAUAGCUUGUCAAUAUCUAUACAUUAAGUGAAACCCCUCAUAGCAAAGGAUGAAGACCAAGUCGAGGAAGUCUUCCACAAGAAUUAGUAAUGGAGACCAGGCAUGCCUCAGUUCUAAUAGGAGACGCAAAAAAUUUCAUCAUGAUCUUCAGGCAAAGGAUAGAAAAGCUGCAGAAUUGAUAACAUCUACACAAAAGCGUAGAAUUGUUCAUGUAUCAACCGGCAUUUUUUCUGCCAAGCGUGAAAAUGUGCCAGGGAAAGGUGUCAAGACUCUUAAUGACUCCGUGGAGUUGGCUGAGGAUGUUUGUCGGGAUCUGAGAUUAGCAUUUUCUACCAUUGAUAGACCAUGCAUUGAACGGAAGGUUUGUAUUCCGAAGAUUUCUCCACCUGUUGUGGAAACCAUAUUUUCACCUGUUUACCAUAUCCCAGCAGAUGCUGCAGGUGGAACAUUGACAAUUUCAACCAAUAUAGUUGAAGAAGGGGGACUUCUGGCUCAGAAAAAUUAUAUGGCAGAUGACAGAAAUGGUAAUGGUUCUACACAUGAAGAACACAAAAAGAGUUCAAAGGAUACAUCUAGAGCAGGGAGCCAACAGGAUGGGGAUGUGGCUAGGCUUUCUACUGAUGUGAGAGAGUUGGUCCAAACUCCUUCAAGGAGUCCAGGUAGUCUGCAUGAAAAUGAGCUGGUUGGUUCUCAAGCAACUUUAGAUGUUAAUCAGAAUAUUAUUGAAUGGCCAUUUGUGGAUGAAAACAAAUCACAUGAUCAUAGACAUGAUUCAGAAUCAAUUGAAGAGGGUUUGCUAAAUUCUGUUGGGGCAUCCGUGUUUCUUGCAAUGCAACAAACUAAGUCAUUGGAGUGCAAUGAUGAAACCAAUCAGGAGUCCAGAGUUCCAGAUGAAGAGGAUGAUUUAGAUGACUUUGAUCCAUAUUUAUUCAUUAAAAACUUGCCACAUCUUUCAGAAGUGGUUUCAUCUUUCCGGCCUAUGUUGCUUCCAAAGCAAACACGGAGAUGUCCACCGAUCACGCUAGUCUUAGACUUGGAUGAGACCCUUGUACACUCAACACUAGAGCAUUGUGAUGAUGCAGACUUCACUUUUCCAGUUUAUUUCAAUUUGAGAGAGCACACAGUGUAUGUGCGAUGUAGGCCUUAUCUCCAAUUGUUUAUGGAUAGGGUGGCAGAUAUGUUUGAAAUUAUUGUAUUUACAGCUAGUCAAAGCAUCUAUGCAGAGCAACUCUUAAAUGUUCUGGAUCCUAAACGGAAGCUUAUCCGUCACCGUGUAUAUCGUGAGUCAUGUGUAUUUGUAGAGGGUAACUAUUUAAAGGAUUUGACAGUUUUGGGGCGUGAUCUUGCACAAGUAGCAAUUAUUGACAACUCACCCCAGGCAUUUGGAUUCCAAGUAGACAAUGGUAUUCCUAUUGAGAGCUGGUUUGAAGAUCGUUCAGACUCUGCUUUGAUUUCAUUGCUUCCUUUCCUGGAAACAUUAGUAGGAGCGGAUGAUGUUCGUCCAAUCAUUGCUAAGAAAUUUAAUCUUCGUCAGAAAAUAGCAGCAGCCAUAGAACACACAUCAUUUGGAAACAGAGGGAAUAUGUUUGAUCAACACUCUUGAGAAUGCAUAUGGUUGUAUUGUAUUUGUUAUAGCACUGACGAUGUUUAUUUAAAUCUGUUACUGCAUAAUAAUUUUUGGCUUUUUUUUAUGUUACCAUUCUAGUCCAUUGGUCACGUGUAUGGAUAAUUGCAUGUUCACAGUCGUUUCAUUGCACAUAAUGCAGCUUGCGUUGUAAUUUCCAGAAGCUUGUUGUCAUGUUUUUUGCCUUGUAAAUCAAUUUGGCUGGGUGGCCAAUGUUUUUGUUAUAUAAUAACAAGUGUUUAAUUGUCGCUUCCAAAUCAA